AAGCCAUAAAGCAACAUCAUCUGUCCUCUCAACGCAGCCUCCUUUUGGUCCACAAUCUCAACAGAUCAAAUUCCAGCAAUGUCCUUCUCCGGUGAUCGUAUGGGUGGCUCAGGCCAGUCCUCCAAUGAUGGAGGCUACAGCCAGCGGUUUGGUAACCCUUCCAACAGUGCCGAUUUCGACCAAGACGAAGUGAUGAAACACAGCUCAUCGGGCGAGAAAAGCCUCUUCUCCAGCGCACUGAGUUUCCUGGGAAACAACCAGCCAAAUGCGAACGAUGUGGACGAGAACCAAUUGCAACAGAGCCAUCAACAACUAUAUGAACAAGGAGGCAAGAAUCAGCAGCACGACGCCUCAAGCCUCGGUGCAGGAGCGGCGAUGCAGGUCUUUCAAAUGUUCACCGGCGGGGGUGGGUCAAACAACGCUAGUUCGGGGGGCUCUGGAGGGUCUGGAGGAUCCCAAUCACAGAUGAUUGCAAUGGCAAUGAAGGAAGCGUCUAGCCUCGUCGACAACCAAAAGCAGCAGGGCAAUGUCAAAAGCGGAACGGACAAACAAUCAGUCAUCAACAAGGCGGCACAAUAUGCUUUGCAGAUGUACUUGAAGAAGAACUUGGGGGGCGGGAGUGGAGGGGGACUCGCUAGUGGACUUGGAGGACUCUUGGGUGGCGGUGGCAGUAGUGGAGGAAGCAGUGGCGGGGCAAGUGCUGGAGGACUGAUGGACAUGGCCAGCAAAUUUUUAAAGUAAUGGCUCAGACAUGGGACAUACUCGUUGAGAGAUCCGGGCUCAACAGAGUGAGGAUGCGAGACGUGCGAGGAUGAUUAGAGCUAUGACUGUACCAGGGAGAACAACAGGCAGGCAAUCGCACACCAAAACCCAGAGAUACCUAGGUACUUUUAUAUAUGCCUACUCGAGCCCUGCUGUACGAGUAGGCAGACCAUGGGAAAGAAGUCGAUAGAAAUCUUCAAAUCCGACAUGUCUGGGAAGAGAUGCAAUUCUGUCCCCCUGUGUUCA